GGAGUCUAUGAACCAAGAACAUGUCGAGUGAGAUAUAUAUUCAGAAUCGGACUAUGGAUUACUAUUACAGCAGCAACAACUAUUCCUGGCCAGAAGAUCCAGUUUUCUUGUUCCCUGUCCCAGUGCUGACUGGGAUAACUGUCACAUGCAUUCUUCUUUUCAUCAUAGGGAUAUCUGGAAAUGUGAUGACAAUGUUAGUGGUGUCCAAGUAUAAGGAUAUGAGGACUACAACCAAUCUCUAUUUAUCCAGUAUGGCAUUUUCUGACCUUCUCAUUUUCCUCUGUAUGCCUCUUGAUCUCUACAGACUCUGGCAGUACAGACCAUGGAAUUUUGGGAGCUCCCUUUGCAAACUCUUUCAGUUUGUCAGUGAGUGCUGCACAUACUCCACUAUACUGAACAUCACAGCUCUCAGUGUGGAACGUUAUUUUGCUAUCUGUUUUCCCUUGAAAGCCAAGGUAGUGAUAACCAAAGGUAGAGUAAAGCUGGUAAUCUCCGUCCUCUGGGCAGUGUCAUUUGUAAGUGCGGGGCCAAUAUUUGUCUUGGUGGGAGUUGAACAUGAGAAUGGAACAAACCCUUUGGACACAAACGAGUGCAAAGCAACAGAAUAUGCCAUAAAGUCAGGUCUCCUAACUAUAAUGGUCUGGACAUCUAGUAUCUUCUUCUUCUUGCCUGUCUUCUGCCUCACCGUCCUCUACACUCUCAUAGGCAGAAAGCUGUGGAGAAGAAAGAGAGAGACCAUAGGUCCACACACCUCUAUAAGGGACAAGCAUAACAAACAGACUGUGAAAAUGUUAGCUGUGGUGGUGUUUGCUUUCAUACUGUGCUGGUUGCCGUUCCAUGUAGCACGCUACUUGUUUUCCAAGUCUUUUGAAGCUGGGUCCCUAGAAAUAGCUCUUAUCAGCCAGUACUGCAACCUGGUCUCCUUCGUGCUGUUCUACCUGAGUGCUGCCAUCAAUCCUAUUCUCUACAACAUCAUGUCAAAAAAAUAUCGUGUAGCUGCUUGUAGACUAUUCCGACUAAAGCAGGUUUCACGGAAAGCCACCUACACAACAAACGAUGAAAGCUCUCCCGCCUGGACAGAGUCCAAUAUGAGCACGUGACAAGAAAUAGCUGCUGAAGAACAAACAGCUGCCCAAUAUUUGCAGCCUGGCACAAAGCCAUAAUGUACCAGGACAUGCUAUAGACAUUUUCCACUAUGUUUCAUUUACACAGACAAUCAAUACAAGUUUAUCUCAGGAUGUUAUUCGAAAGUAGCAAUGUGUGUGCGUGUCACAUGUGUGGCGAUUUGAGUUUGCACCAAUGCAUCCAUCAGUUAAUGAAUAUUUUGACUGUUUUCUGAGCUCAGGUCAGCCUUUUAAUCCAAGGAAGUUUGAACUUAUGUAAACAAAACAGAGUGAGCUGUCUGAAAUAUAUAUAUAUAUAUAUGGAUAUGGGCUGCUGUAAGCCAUCUCCUUAUGUGAUGCAUUUGUUCAGCUUCAUGCAGCUCCUAUGGGCUUUUAUCUUAAUACCUGUCUUCUGUUACUUACUGCCAGACCAUUGGAUAUCUAAGACUGGGCAUAACAGAAUGUUUUAUGGCAGCUUGUGUGUAAUGAUGUAAUUCAGGAAGCAGGAUUUUGUCAACAUUUAUGUGAGGUCAUCCCUGCCCCACCAACAGAAAGUCACCACUGCGAUUUCUUCUUUGGACAUGAACACCAGAGGUUUUUUUAUUAUCUGAAUAUUCAUUAGACUGGGAGAAAAGCACUACCUGGAAAUGUUACUGUAACAAAGUAUCUGACUGUCAUUUUGGCUUAUAUUGAUUGAAUUGUAAAAUGUGCUGUAUAUUUGGAAGCUAUAUUCUGGUUGAUGGCAAUCCUGCCAUGAAGACAAACAAGCACCUUGAGGCCUAGCAUGGAUGGAUCAGGUAUCACUUGAUAUGACUUAUGGGCUGACUAUGGAGGUUGUUCCAUAACUCUAGAGUAAUACAGCAGAUGUUGUGAUUUGACUUACCC